AUGCCCAUCUUCGCUCUCAUUUUGCACUUGUACAAUCCCCACACUUCCGCCGUCACUGGUGUGGCAAAACGUAUGGCGCACGCGAUGAAGAGCGUGCAUUCUCUCAACCGAGACGUGUUAAUAAUAAUCGCUGAGCAUCUCAGUGUGGCAGAUCUGGUUGCAAUGUCGCAGACGACUCGCUCAUGGCAUUCUCUUUCUCGUCAAGAAUCUUCAUUCUGGAGAUAUGCACGCGAGGAUAUCUCAACCGUAGUAUUCAAACGAAUCGCUCCAUUGCCCAAAUACUCUGCAGAAGAAAUACGGGCGGCCGCGAUCGAAGCGCUGAGGGUCCAGAGUAAAUGGGAAAAGUCCCCUAUAAUCAAAAUAAAACAAGGGAGCCGUAUUGAUGUCACUAACAAAACAAUCCACUUCGUCCCAGGAACGCGUUGGAUGCUCUGCACCAAGUUUCUGCCCUACUCACCCUCCCUGAUUACGAGUUUGUCAUUCGAAUUCUACGACCUCAAGAGUGGUCAGUUGUCCGGCAUUGUGGAUAUUGAACUCGAAGACAUCUACAAUACCCUCGAGCUUCAGAUUCUGACAUCUCUUGCGCUCUCCCCUGCGGAGAUUCUGCUCGCCGUACGGCGCCAAAGACAACGGCGAGUCGGUCCCUAUGACCAGUGUACCAUCCCUGACUGGACUUCACCAGGGAAUCGGGUAGCGAUGAUACAGUUUACUACAUUUUCAGUCGAAGAGGUUCUCACCUUCGUCAGCGAAUUUCAAUAUGCCAGUGGUAUAUUCUCUCCCGAUGGGAGGCUCUUCGUCAUAGAGAGUAAUGGUCAAAUUGACAUCUAUGAUCUUCAAACCCUUAAUCGAUGGAUGUUCUCGUGGUAUCUACCCAAGUAUCGCGAAAUCCCCUACUUCCGUCAUAAGAUACAGUUGGCUGCCUCUGAAGACCUCCUCGUCAUGUUCAAUAGGUCAACUCACGAUGUAGUCGCACUACAUAUCCCGACGCUGACACGCGUACUGCAAAAGCAAGACACUUCGAUUCGUUUCUGCUUCCAGAAGCGACAUACAUAUCGCGUUCCAAUGCGCGCAGGUCAUAUAGAUCAAUAUCAGCUACUUACUGGGCGGCCUGAUGAAGGGCUGACUCCAUCCACUCGAAAAAUAGACUUUUUGUGUUGCAAGAGAGAAACAAACGAAAUUAUGCUGAAAGCAUUUCAAGGUUUCCUCAAUAUUGACAGCGAAGAAGACUUCAUUGACACUGCAUCGCCAGAAAAGGCCAGAAAGGUUUUGAAGAAGCCAGUGGAACACUAUGAUGGCCCACAUUCACCAUGCUACCUACAAAAUAUCUAUCCACAAGAACCCGGGGUCAUUGUGCACGCACCUCUCAAAUCCCAAGAUCAUCUGCGGUACUGCCGAAAUAUGUCCAUCUAUGGACGUAUCGUCGUGUUUUAUGAAGCACAGUGCCUCAAUACCGCAGAUAUGCGUCAUCUGCAUAUUGUCGGAGUGGACACAGCCAAGCGUAGGCGAGGCAUUCAGGUGAUCGGGAAAGAUGCAGACUCCUUAGUUCGCCACGGUUUCACAAGAAUUGACGAAGAAACUGGCUUGGUUUUUAUUUGGGAUCGAAGCGGUAAUUGUUCUGAGAUCACAGUACUGUGGCUACAGUAA